CCAUCAUCAAGGUGGAAGAACAGGUUUCGGAAGUAUGAGCGAUUCGAAACUUGCGGGGUCUGUAAAUCAGCUUUCAAUUUCUUCAGGGUCGACCUUGCCAAGCAGUGCAAAUCCCGGACGUCAGCAGCUGUUAAAACUGGCAGUUUCCAAUCAACGCCAGGUAAACUAUCCUGUGACAAAGAAAGACAGUAGAGUAUUAGAAGGAAAACGGUACUCUUCUUCUAAGCAAAAAGAUGAGCCAAUUGCAGGUGUUCCUUCGCCGAUGGGACCACAAUGGCGGGACUUUCAUAUUGGCAUGUUUGAAAUAGGAAAGCCACUUGGAAAGGGAAAGUUUGGGAGAGUCUAUUUAGCAAAGGAAAAGAAAACUGGGUUUGUAGUUGCAUUAAAAACGCUGCACAAAUCUGAACUCAUUCAUUCGAGAAUCGAAAAGCAAGUGAGAAGAGAAAUUGAAAUCCAAUCGAAUUUGAGACACAAAAACAUCCUUCGUUUAUUUGGUCAUUUUCAUGACGAAAAAAGAAUAUUUUUAAUCCUCGAAUUCGCUGGGAGAGGAGAAUUAUACCAGCAUCUUCGAAGAGCAUCUCGAUUUCCCGAAAGCACGGCUGCCAAAUAUAUCUAUCAAAUGGCAAACGCAUUAGCCUAUUUACAUAAAAAACAUGUGAUUCAUAGAGAUAUAAAGCCUGAAAAUAUUUUGCUCGGAAUCGAUGGUGAAAUCAAACUAUCUGACUUUGGAUGGAGUGUACAUGCACCUUCUAAUCGUCGGACAACGCUAUGUGGUACUCUAGAUUACCUUCCUCCUGAAAUGGUAGAAGGUAAAGAACACACGGAAAAGGUUGAUUUAUGGUCAUUAGGUGUGCUUACUUAUGAAUUUAUCGUGGGCGCGCCACCCUUUGAGGACGUUUCUGGUCACUCGGCUACAUACAAACGUAUUGCAAAAGUGGAUUUGAAGAUUCCUAGCUUUGUCUCGCCAGAAGCAAAGGAUUUGAUUACUCGCUUGUUGCGACACAGCCCUGAACAACGGAUUUCGUUAGAACAGGUCGUCAAGCACCCGUGGAUGCUAAAACAUAAAGCUUCUUGGAGCUCUGAUCAAUAAGAUGGAAAGAAAUGGGCUUUUUUAGGUUGUUUAAAUUAUUUUGUGUGAUGUUUUAUCAUAACUUUCCUUGAUCACAUUAAUAUUCGAAUUUUUAAUAAUGAUUUUUGAUACUUUUUCAAUGAGAGCUUGUAUUUCGG